AUGGCAUACAACUCGUACUACGACCCCUCAGGCCCUCCGGGUCCCUACGAACCUCCUCGCACUCAGGAUACAAACGAACAGAUUUACACCUCGCCUACAUCCUAUCAGCCGCCAUAUCCGUCCCAGAAUGCUUCGGAGCAGAUUCAGAUGCCUCAACCCCGCAUGCCAUCACCAUCUUAUCGGAACAGCUCGCCAACUCCGAACAAUCCGCCGUACGGCCAUGUUGGAAACGAUAUUCCCUCGGCGAUUCCAAAUCCGGCCGGCAACAACAAUAAUCCAAACUUUUUGUCGCCAGAGCUGAUUUCGCAAGUCACAGCUACUGUGAUUCAGCAACUCAAAGCCUACGGGCUAGAAGGAUCGCAAGGCCAGCAGCAGCCUCCUCCUCCUCCACCGCCACCGAUGCAACAACCGCCACUACAGCAGCAACCUCCAGUACAACAACCACCCCAGGCACAAUCGGUGCCUCCCGCGCCAUUCUCCGCUCCACCGGCGCCGGAGUCAACAUACUACCCACAGCCGACAUACAGUGCUCAACCAGCGGAGACUCGUGGACGAGCCACAAUGUCCGUACCACCGGAGAGACGAGAGACGCAGCCCAAGACAAGUCCGGAUAAUCGGUCAGGCAGUGUGUUAGAACGGAAUACUGUUCCAGCGCGUACAUCUACUGAUAAUAUGUCAACUUUGGAGAAAAUAUGGGGAAAGAUGUUUGAGGAUGGCCAGCCAACACCACGUUUGGGUCAGCUUCUACGGGGAAUUGCAGUACAUUUGAUUGAGGACUAUCCACCUGGAAACACGAUUGUAGUUGUUCCAGAGAAAAUGCAGAAAUAUUAUGCAGAUACCAAAGUUCCGACGGAUACUUAUCCAUGGCAGGACAUCUUUGACGACCGGACAUCGUCCAUUUCACGAAUCUACCGAGACAUUGAAGCAGAACAUCACCUUGUUCAGGACCCGCAGAAUUUGAAAGAACGGCCAGAUGUACCAGGAUUAACACCUCGAGGAUUCGAGAAAUGGUACACGCUUAUGAUUCAAGCCAAUCCGGACAGGGAGUUUGCUCGAUUGCAGAAAACCGUACUGGAUAUGCCGAUCAACAAUCCCGACGACAGGAAAGAGCGAUUUCCUAAAGAACUUCCACGACGGUUGUUUCCCAGUUCACCGGAUAAGAAGAUAUUGGAGAAACUGGAAGUUUCCAUCAUCACUCAUUGCGAGGUUGAUCUUCCACGAAGUCCACCCGAAGAGCGAUCAAAAUCGCCUCCUCGAAAGAGCAAGCCUAGAGAUGUGUCACCAACUAGACCGCCGCCAGCCACCGUAGAGCGUGUUCCCGCCACUGUCUCAGGAUCCAAAUCAAACUCGCAAGAAAGAGACAAAACUUCCACGGCUCUAGACGGCGAUGAAGAAGUCACAACUGCUCGUCCGAUCGAACGCGAGAGAAAACCCUACACUGCACAACCAGGUUUGGGUAAGAAAUACGAGGAAACAGCCAUAAACCUGAAAACAUCAGAGACGAACAAGUCGACUUCCGGUUCGUCUACAGUGCGACAGGAACCAUAUAGUCGAGGAGCAACAAACACAACCGGACACGGCCAUGCACACCAUGGAUCAGCCUCAUCAAUAAAACCCGGUCGAAGACGUAGCUCAUCCGUCGGCAUAAAAGCAAACGGACCAGGCGAUUAUCGCCAUUCAGAACCCGACCUUAGCUCAUACGAUCCGACUUAUGCGAAUGUGACAUCUGGAGGAGGCCACAGUACCCACCACUACAAGACCAGUGGCGUGGGCAGUACAGCGUUGGACUUGUACGACGAUGAUAACGAUCGUCUAGCAUCAUAUCGUGACUAUGAGCGCGACGAUCCGCGGGAUUAUGAUGCAAUUCUUGAACGAGAACGGGAGCGGGAGCGUGAGCGCCGGUAUCAUGACCAUUUAGGCAGUGGAACUGGUAGGAGUACGUGGACUGAUGAAGAUUACUACCGUGGAGGAGGUCUAUUAGGUGGACAGGGAGGACCUGAUUAUGAGUACAAAUAUCGUUAG